AGAGAUAAACUUUAUAUUAUAUAAAAUCAUUCAAAUCAUUCAAGAUCUUUAAGUUUUUUUUUUCCAAAAAAAUGUCAUUUAAAUUGAUAGUUAUAUUGUUAUUGGAAUUAAUAGCUUUUGCAACAUUUGCCUUGGGAGAAAAUGGUCUUGUUAUUAAAAGCAUCCAGAGUGAAGAUGGAGAUGUUAUUGAUUGUAUUGAUAUUUUCAAGCAGCCAGCUUUAUAUCAUCCUGCCUUGAAGAAUCACAAAAUUCAGAUGACACCAAGCUAUAAUACAAUGAUGAAGCCUACAAAAACAAAUGACGAAGAAAAAUCAUACAAAUAUGUGACAACACAAACAUGGCAUAAAAGUGGAAGUUGUCCAAAAGGGACAAUUCCAAUUAGAAGAACACAAAAUAAUUACAAAAAGGAUCAUAUAAGAAAACCUAAUUCUUUUCAUCUUGAUAGAAGGUUGAGGAUCAAGGAGGAUAUCAACCUUGCACAAAAAAAUCACUCAUUGGCUAUAUUGCACACUGAAGGACUUAGAUAUAUGGGAGGAAAAACAGAUAUGAAAACUUGGAAUCCUCAUGUUGAAGAAGAUGAUGAAUAUAGUACUUCUAGACUUGCUCUUAUGAGUGGAGCUUAUAAUGAUUAUCAAGACAUUGAAGCUGGAUGGGCUGUAAAUCCAAGGGUAUAUGGUGAUAGACAGACAAGAUUUUUCACUUAUUGGACUAAUGAUGGCUCAAGAGAAACAGGAUGUUUUGAUUUAACUUGUCCUGGUUUUGUACAAACAAGCCAUGAGAUAGCACUUGGUGCUGCUAUAUAUCCAAUAUCAACUCAAAAUGGCCUUCCAUAUUCAAUUAGUGUUUUUAUCUUCAAGGAUUUAAAUAGUAGCAAUUGGUGGUUACAAUAUGGAGGAUCCAUCAACAUAGGAUAUUGGCCAUCAAAGAUAUUUGAAGGUGGACUAGGAGUCCAUGCACAAACAGUUCAAUGGGGUGGUGAAGUUUAUAGUAAAAAUGUAGGAAAACAUCCUCACACAAAAACACAAAUGGGAAGUGGAGCUUUUCCAGUUUACAUAUCUGAAAAUACUGGAUUUAUGAAGAAUAUGAGAAUUCUUGAUAAUUCAAUGGAGUUGAGAUUUCCACAAUAUAUUGAUGCUUAUUCACAAGAAUAUGAUUGUUAUAAAACUCAAUAUAUGGGUGAUUAUAUUGAAGAACCUGAAUUUCACUUUGGAGGUCCAGGAAGAAAUCCAUUGUGUCCUUGAAAAUUGUAUUAUAUUGUCAAAUCUUGAUUAUAAAUAUAGUUUCACUAAUUUGUAGGUUUUGUAUUUAGUCAGUAAGAUUAUCUUAAACUACCAAGUGUGUUUGUUUUUGUUAUAUUUCAAACUUUUACUUAAUGGUAUGAAUGAUAAUUAAUAUGUUUAUUUAAUGAUUU